AUGCAUUCAGUCAACCUUGCUCCCGUUCCGCAACCCCUCGCUAUCUUCGAUCAAUUCACUGCCCACCAAACUGAGGUCUUGGCCAUCAAGGAAAAGGUCCUGUCGCUGACGGGCGACAGCUUCGACGUGAAGCUUGCCAACGGCCAACCCAUUUUCAAGGUCAAAGGAAAGCUGAUGAGCAUAUCCGGUCGCAAGUCGGUCACGGACACCUCGAACAAUCAUCUCUUCGAUCUGGUCAAGGAACAUUUCCACAUUCACUCAACUUAUGCGGCCGAAACACCCGACGGAAAGAAAAUACUCCAGGUGAAGAGUGGACUUAGCCUCAUCGGCUCUAAGGCGACCGCUACCUUCACCUCCCCAACUACAGGCAAUACUCAUGUGCUAAAGAUGAAGGGCAACUGGAUAGAUUCCAAAGUCGAUAUCAUCGACGAGUCUACUAAUGCUGUGGUAGCACAGAUUGAUCGAAAGCUGCUCAGUGGACGGGAUGUCUUCUUCGACCAACAGACGUAUGCAGUAAUUGUAGCACCCGGGGUGGAUAUGGCGUUGAUUGCGGCGUUGUGUAUCUGCUUUGACGAAAAGAAUAACGAGGAGGAUUAA